UAUUGUUCGCGUCUUCAUGUCGAAAUAGGAGGACAUGUCCGAUAAUGAACAAUUUUAUACAUAAUUUAAAAAAAUAAUAAUUACACAAAUCGAUAUUAAUUUAUCAAAGAAGUAGAAAAACAAAUUAUCAAAAACGGAUAUGCGUCCAUUUGUUUGUGUAAAACGUACAGUAUUUUGUUCAAUAUACAUAUAAAAGGAAUGUGUUCCCAAAUAACAAAAAGUGUUGUGUGAAUUGUGCAAAAAUAAAAAUAGAUUGCACUCUUUUUUGAUUGUCUCCUGAGUGGAAUUUAUUCAUCAUCAAUUAAAAUUGAAGUGUAAAUCAAUCUUAAUAAGAAACCUAAUACAUAGUAAGAGAAGAAAUCAAAAAUUAUCCCUUCUUGACUGGAAAGAAAAAUUAUAUAUAGAUUAUAUAGAGAAAAUUAAAAGAAGAAAAAACUCAUCCAACAGUGCCGCGAAACAAGUUUUAUAAUUUAGUUUUUUUUUUUUUUAGUACAGCCGAGCCGAGUGAAGCAAAAUCAAAUUUGUACUAGAACAAACAAAGCAGUGUUUCAGUUGUUUUCUCUAUCUCACACAUCUAUGUAUGUCAUCGAGAUAACCCUUGAUCUCGCUCUCUCUCAUGCUUCGCGCAAAGUCGAAGCUCUUCGUUCGUAGUCGUCGUCGUCGUUGAAAUUGAACGUCGAAUCGAAGCCGAACCGAAACCAAAAAAUCCGGGAACCAUAUUUUUCGGUUCUGUAAUCUGUUUUUGGCUUAUUUUUCCAAAUGAAAAAUCCAUUCAAUUACACAAGUGUUUUGUCCAAAAAUUUGACUAAAAUAUUUUCCAAUCAAUUUACUUUGUGAAUAUGUAAAAAUUUAAUGUAAGUGUUCCAAGGAAGUCUAAGAAAAUUUCCAAUAAAAGAAAAAACUUCAAGUGAUGUGGUGUAGUAUACAAGAAAAGCGUAAAAUCGCCAUUGCUGUGCUGCUACUUGCUUUUUGCUGCUGCCACCAAAAAAUGUCUCGGGUGUUGGCGUUAAUUACAAAAAGAAUUGCUCGAUAAUUUUUCUCUUACUUUCGAUUCCCAAUUUGUUUUCUAUUUUUUUGGAUUUUGUGUUAAAAAAAUAAAUAAAAUGUUUUACCACAACGAAAACGAUAACGAAACGUGCAAUCUUUAGCACCAUUUGGAAAUAUGAAGGAUAAUAAUAUAAUAUAUAAUAUGUGUCAAGCAUACACAAAUGUGAAAAGAAACGAUUAAAAAAAAACUGCAAAACUAGUUUGAAAAAUAAAAUUACUGAAUAUAUAUUUCCUUGUGAAUUAAAUUUUGAGAAAUAAUAUAAAAGAAAACAAAAGAACAGUUUUUCAACAAAAAAAAAAAUAAAGGAGAAAAUAAAAGAAAACGCGAGAUUAUUGUUGUUUGUUUAGAAUAUUAUGGCCCAUCAGCAAUCGGCGGAUAACAAUUUGAAUGAUGUGAAUAUUGCUUCGCCCGCUAAUAUAGUUUGUGCCGCCGCCGCCGCCGGUGUCGGUAACGCCGAUGAUCAUACAAAAAAUCAUAAUCUUUUAAUAUCGCAAGCGCAAAACUUUCAAAAUGGAUCUGACUCAAAUAGUAGCAACAGUAACAGUAGCAGUAGCAGUAACAGUAGACACCUACAACAUCAUUCUAGAGGAGGCAUUAUGCCACAGCAACACCAUCAGCAGCAACAACAACAACAUCAACAACAACCAUCAGGAGGAAUAAUGAAUGAAAAGAUAAAAUCACCCUCCGGUCAGGGUGGCGGUAAUAGUAAUACAAGUGGUGCUAAUAACAAUCCCGUUGGAGUGCCCCCAAAUAAUAGUGAAGGUCAACCAAUACCACAACAGCAACCUCCCCAUAGUCAUCCUCCAUAUGGUGGAGAUAAUGCAAUGUCUCACUAUCAACAACAGCAGCAACAGCAUCAUCAACAUCUCCAACAUCAACAGCAACAACAUCAACAACAGCAACAGCAGCAACAACACCAACAACAGCAACAUCAUUUGUCACAACAACAAUUACAGCAACAGCAUCAACCUGGCGGUGAAAUGCCUUCCAAAGACGAUGGAAUCAAUGCCUAUACAGCGCCGACACCACCUCAGGUUGGUGGCGUAGGCCCACCGCCACCACCCGGACCUCCGCCGGGACAUCAUCCCUCUGCUUACGGAAGGUACCAUCAUGGUGAUCCGAAUAUGGAUCCCUAUCGUUAUGGUCAUUCGCCGAUGCAGCCAUUGGUUGGUGCUGGUGGUCCAGGUGCUGUAGGUGGCGGUGGUGGUAAACCACAAUCGCAACAACAACAACAGCAGCAGCCUCCACCACCUCCACCUUCGGGCAUUUCGUCACCCAACAGGCCACCUCCUCAGCGUUAUAUACCGGGUCAACCACCACAGGGGCCUACGCCAACGUUAAAUUCGUUACUUCAGUCGCAUCCACCACCACCACCGUCCCAACAUCGAUAUUCCAAUAGUUAUGACCCCCAACAGCAACAACAGCAGCAGCAACAACAACAACAGGGGUCUCAGCAACAACAGCAGCAGCAACAACAACAACAGCAGCAACAUGGCCCACCACCACCUCCUCAUCAGCCAUACGGUGGCCAACAAGGAUGGGCACCACCACCCAGACCUUAUAGUCCGCAAUUGGGUCCAUCUCAGGCUUAUAGGACACCGCCACCGUCAAACACUUCCAGAGGUCAAUCACCUUAUCCCCCAACGCAUGGGCAAAAUUCAGGUUCCUAUCCAAGUUCACCCCAACAACAGCCAGGUGGACCUCCUCCUCCACCACCCCAGACAACGGCGCAGGGCUCUGGUACAUCUCAAUAUUCACCAUACCCGCAGCGAUAUCCCACACCUCCAGGCCCGGCGACAGGACCAAAUCACAGGACUGCCUAUUCAACGCAUCAGUAUCCAGAACCAAAUCGACCUUGGCCAGGUGGAUCCUCGCCUGCUGCGAGUCCCGGUCCUGGUGGUCAUCCACAUCCUCCAGCAUCUCCUCAUCAACCACAACACGGUGGGCCACCUCCCAAUAGUCCUGGUCAUGCUGCUCCAAGCCCAUCUCCCCAGCCAUCGCAGGCAUCUCCAUCACCCCAUCAGGAACUUAUUGGUCAAAAUAGCAACGAUAGUUCAAGUGGUGGCGUCAGUGGUUUGGGUUCGGGACCCCCAGGUACACCAACACCCCAACAAGUGAUGCGACCUACCCCCUCGCCAACUGGUUCAUCAGGUUCAAGAUCAAUGUCUCCUGCUGUAGUGCAAAAUUUGCCUAUAUCGCGACCAUCGAGUAAUCAAUCUCAGUCGGGACAGCAAAUGCCACCCACAACCGCAAGUCAUAUGUCCCAUGGUAGCAAUGUAUCUAUUGCCGGCGUUCAACAGCAAUCUCAGCCACCGGGGAUGCCUUCAGUGUCGUCAGGUAAUUCUCAACAAUCACCGGCGUCACAGCAACAAACGCCACCAAAUCAAUCUGUGAACAGUAUGUCAGGACAAGGUAGCUAUCAAACACAACCUCCACCACUUUCUCAUAUGCAUGGCUAUAAAAUGGGACCAGGUUCAGGGCAAAGCCCCGGCUCAGCUCCACAAAAUAUGCCUCCAUAUCCACCGCCGCCACAACCGCAACAAUAUUCCCAAGGAAACUACCCGCCUCGUCCUCAAUAUCCCAGCAGCUAUGCACCAACACCAUCCACAAAUCAAGCGUCAUCUGCCAACACAAUGCCACCUGGACCAAAUCAAUAUCCAGGACGACCUUUGCCCAAUCACAGUGGCAGUCAGCACUCACAAUUCCCGCCAUAUCAGCAGAAUUGGGUGCCACCGUCACCACAGAGUCAUGCAGGAAUGAUGGGCAAUCAUGUGCAAGGCAAGGGAACGCCACCACCACCUCCACAAGCGAACGUCGUUGGCUCUCCACGACCUCUCAACUACCUGAAGCAGCACCUCCAACAUAAGGGCAGCUACGUGGGAGGAUCUAGUCCAACUCCGCCACAAGGUUACGGCAAUGGCCCGGCGGGAAGUAUGCAUUUGCCAAUGGGCCCACCCCAUCACAUGGGUCCACCACACGGUCCAACGAAUAUGGGCCCACCAACAUCAGGCCUGCAACAGGGUGGCCCUCCAUCGGCACAGAUACCCACCGAUGGAACUUCAACACCCGAUCAUGGUGUUAUUUCCCAGGACAAUGGCAUAACUUCGUCAGGCUCGGCGGCGGCGGCCAGCACGCAUCCAGUGACUUCUGUUGUUACAACAGGUCCCGAUGGUACCCCAUUGGAUGAAGCCAGCCAACAAAGUACACUGUCAAAUGCUUCAGCAGCAUCUGGAGAAGAUCCCCAAUGUACAACACCGAAAUCACGGAAAAAUGAUCCAUACAGCCAAAGUCAUUUAGCGCCACCAAGCACAUCGCCCGGUGGACAUCCUCACAAUGAGGAUUUUGAAAUGAAUUCACCACCAAAUUGGUCACGAACACCAGCUAGUCCGCAGGUUUUCAAUAGCCACGUUCCUCAAGAAACUUACCGGACAUCGACAAAGAAAUCCGAUAGUUUAUGCAAGCUCUACGACAUGGACGACAAUCCAGAUCGUCGAGGCUGGCUGGAUAAAUUGCUUAGCUUUAUGGAGGAAAGACGAACACCAAUAACGGCAUGCCCGACCAUUUCAAAGCAGCCCUUAGAUUUAUAUAGGUUAUAUAUUUAUGUAAAAGAACGAGGAGGAUUCGUCGAGGUAUGCAAGGUUACCAAAAGUAAAACAUGGAAAGAUAUUGCUGGACUUCUGGGCAUAGGAGCGAGUAGUAGCGCAGCAUAUACCCUGCGGAAACACUACACCAAAAAUCUACUGGCUUUCGAGUGUCAUUUCGAUCGCGGUGAUAUUGAUCCAUUGCCAAUAAUACAACAAGUCGAGGCUGGCUCCAAAAAGAAAUCUGCCAAAGCUGCAUCAGUUCCAUCACCAGCUGGCUCAUCGAAUUCCCAGGACUCGUUCCCGGCACCGGUGGCGGCGAACACAACUAUUGAUAGUUAUCCGGGUUAUCCGAGCGGUUAUCCUUCUGGAGCGCAGCCCGAUUACAAUGCAGGUGCUCAAAUCCAAAGGCCACCGUCACAAACUAACGCACAAACCCCUCAUGCAGGAAAUACUCAAGCAACAGCUGGUGAUAAUAUUAGUGUCAGCAAUCCUUUUGAUGACCCGGUAGGUGCACAGCCUCGUGCCCCUUAUCAACAGGGUAGUACAUAUCCUCCGGUGUCUAGAUCGCAAGGUGCCCCAUAUCCAGGUCAACCAGGCUAUAACCAAUACGGGUCGAAUGAACAAUAUAAUUCUUCAGUACCGGCCGGACAGUUUACUCAAGGUCAAGGCCAGUUUCCACCACAAAAUCGUAACAUGUAUCCUCCCUAUGGCCCGGAGGGAGAAGCUUCUUCACCGGCUGCAAAUACAUACGCGUAUGCAAGUCGGCCUUAUAACCAACCACCUCCAGGAGCUACACAAACGGUUCCACCACCUGGUGGUAGCACGACAACGCCCGCUGGUCCUCCAACUGGAGCUGGAGCAACUCCAAGUACAUAUCCUGCUGCAGCUCCACAACAACCAGAUUAUUAUCGACCUCCUGAGCAGAGUCCGCAGCCAAGGCGACAUCCAGACUUUGUUAAAGAUUCUCAGGGCUAUGCUGGUUACAAUCAGAGACCGCAAAUGUAUGGUGGUUGGCAAGGUGGUGCUGGUCAGUACCGUGGCCAAUACCCGCCUUCACCUACGCCGCAAGCAUGGUGCAAUUCCCCGCGUGCUUCUGGACCACCUCCGCCGCCGAAUCAACAAGCAGCAGCUCAAUGGGAUCAACACCGCUACCCUACACAGUCUCAACCCCCUUAUCCAGGUAAUCAGCAGCAACCUUGGACAAACAUGACCUCACCACAACAGAAUCCUGGUUCCCCACUACGGCCACCGCCGCAACGAUUGCCCGGUGGUGGAACAGUUGUUGGACUUUCACCUACAGUGUCCAUCAGUACAGGAGGUAAGCCACCAUUCAACAUGCCGCCACCUCAACCCAGUGGUAGUACUGUGGCUCCACCACCUGGACCUCCUGGAUCGGUGGGUCCACCACCACCAGGAGUUGCUGUGAGCGGUCCAUCGAUUCCGACUGGACCUAAUGUGAUGCCCGGUGGAAGUAAGGCAACACCUCCACCACCGCAGCCGGGCCAAUUCCCGUCAACAGCCCAAAUGCAAAAGAAAGACAUUGUUUUUCCACCAGAUAGCGUUGAAUCGACAACUCCGGUCUUAUAUCGACGAAAACGUUUGGUUAAAAGCGAUGUGUGCCCUAUAGAUCCAUGGCGGAUAUUUAUGUCACUCCGGUCGGGUCUGCUAUCGGAAAGCACCUGGGCCCUAGAUAUACUCAACAUUCUGCUGUACGACGACUCUACAAUUCAGUACUUCGGAUUGACACAUCUGCCUGGAUUACUAAGUCUUCUGUUGGAGCAUUUCCAAAAGAACCUCGCCGAAAUGUUCGAAAAUGAAAACAAUGCCUGCGUCACAAGUAUCUGUAGCCGAAGCAGGGCGCGGCACUACGAAAACAACUCUGAUAAAGACUGUAAUUACAAUGUGGACUUGGGUCAGCUAAUGGCGCCCACAAACACUGACGAGAAGGUACUACUCCUUUCAAACACCCCAAACUACACAAUGGUCUCACGCAAGAACAUGCCCGUCCGAAUACAAAAUGCCGAAGAUGAUAUAUUCGUUUCAGAGCAGCUCAAGCCUUGGGACUUUGAUUCAAACAAAAAGUACCAACUUACAGUGCCGAUCGGCAGUGAUGCCUGGACGUACGAUCACAUUGAACGCGAUCCACACGAUAAUGUUAUCGACGUUUUUAAGUCUGAGAUCAUUGACAUUCCAUUUGCGCGAUACAUUGGUGGCAGAAGAAGUAAAAAAGACAAAUCCGUCAGAUUGUUCCAUGAUUAUUUGGAUCGUGAUGAAGUCGGUGUUGUUGGAGGAGACGAUGAAGAGGAUAGCAACAACAAAGUACUUGCGUUCAACAAAAAACGAAGACACAUUAGUAUUUCGAGCAACACAAGCAGUAAUAAUAAUAAAAAUGGACUCAGCAGCAAUCUGGUCGGAUCUGCUAAAAAAAGUAAAAUGAAUUUCUUAGAAGAAAGCAGCAGCGCUGAUUUUUCAUCACCACUUGCCGUUUCAAUUAAGACAGAGGUGAAGAAAGUUGAACCAGAGGAUAUUGUUGUUGGCGCCGAUGGUUUGAUCUGUGAACAAAGUAGUGAUAGUGUGGUCAAGCCAAAGGAUCUCCUUGACAGCGAUUGCCGAGAAGUGGACAUGGACAUUGAACAUCCUCGUGUGCUUCUUAAUGGCGCACCACCGCCUUCUAAGAAAUCCGAUUUCGAUCCAAAGACAAGCGUCCGAGAUCCAGCAUCAGUGCUUCAACGUCGUCGCAUGUCUGGCUAUGAGGACGAGUGUUACACCCGCGACGAAGCUAGUCUCUAUUUGGUUAACGAGAGUCAGGAUUCACUGGCUCGUCGUUGCAUCUGUCUGUCAAAUAUAUUCCGCAAUUUGACGUUCGUUCCUGGAAACGAGACAAUCCUGGCGAAAUCAUCGAAAUUCCUCGCUCUGCUCGGAAAGCUGCUUCUACUUAACCACGAGCAUCUACUAAGAACACCAAAAACUCGUAACUACGAUCGGGAAGAAGACACUGAUUUCUCUGACUCAUGUAGUUCGCUGCAUGGAGAAAAAGAAUGGUGGUGGGAUUAUUUGAUUACAAUCCGAGAGAAUAUGCUCGUGGCAGUGGCCAAUAUUGCUGGCCAUCUGGAAUUGUCGCGUUACGAAGAGAUUAUAACUAGGCCUGUACUUGAUGGCCUAUUGCAUUGGGCGGUAUGUCCAUCGGCGCAUGGCCAAGAUCCAUUCCCUUCUUGUGGAUCAAACUCUGCGUUAUCACCACAGCGUCUAGCACUAGAAGCAUUGUGUAAAUUGUGUGUGACUGAUGCGAACGUUGAUCUGGUGAUUGCUACCCCACCACAUUCACGGCUCGAAAAGCUAUGCGCUGUUCUAACACGACACCUUUGUCGCAAUGAAGAUCAAGUUCUUAGGGAGUUUUCCGUAAAUUUGCUGCAUUACCUCGCGGCCGCCGAUAGCUCAAUGGCGCGUUCCGUAGCCUUGCAAUCACCGUGUAUAUCAUAUUUAGUAGCAUUUAUAGAGCAAGCCGAACAAACUGCCAUCGGAGUGGCAAAUCAACACGGCAUUAAUUACCUCCGUGAAAAUCCCGAUUCAAUGGGAACGAGUUUAGAUAUGCUAAGACGAGCAGCAGGAACUUUGCUCCAUCUCUCUCGACAUCCAGACAAUCGGUCAUUGUUCAUGCAGCAGGAACCUCGUCUUCUGGGUUUAGUUAUGAGCCAUAUACUAGAUCAGCAGGUUGCUCUCAUUAUUUCGAGAGUUCUAUUUCAAGUUUCCCGCGGUCCUGGCCCCAUGCCAUCUAUGGAAUAUCGACUGCAGCAACGUCAACAGCUUCAUCAGCAACAACAAGACAACAUAAAAUCCAAUGAAAACAGGAAAUUGAUGCAGCAACAGCAACAACAACAGCAGCAGCAGAAUGUAAAUCAACAAUUACCAGCGAUAGUUGUCGAUGAAGUUGGUUGUCCCACUGCCGGUGGUGAUUUAAGUACAAAUGCAAAUGUCGCUCCUGCGGCAACAGUCAUAGCAGUAACUAACUUCUCAUCAUCUAAUGUUCAUAGUAGUAAUAGCAAUAGCAGCAGUAGUUGUUAUAGCAAUUCUAGCCUCACUUGUAACAAAUCCGAAGAAAUCCUAGUAGUACCACCGUCGGCAACACUUAACGAUAUUAGCAAUAGCAGCAACAGCAGUUGUGGCAGCAGCAACAGUGGCAGCAACAUCACUGCUCCUAUCGGUGCCACUAUCGCACCAUCAAUAGCUUCACCAUCGUCAUCAUCUUCAACGGCGUCAUCGUCUGCUGGAGCGACUGCGUCAUCAACGCCUGCAACAACAGCGCCCAAUAGCAUUGAGAAUCCAACAUCGGGUAGCAGUGGGGGAGGGAUUGUUGCAGUCGGCAAUAAUAAUAAAAACCUGAGUACAACAACAGCAACAAUAACAGGAAAUAGUAGUAAUAGUAGCAGUAGUAGUAAUAAUAAUAAUAAUAACAAUAGCAACAGUAGUAGCAAUAACAAUAAUAAUAGCAACAUAACGGCGACAGCAUCAACUACGGCCGCUGUUGCGUAGUAACCAAGAUGUCGACGAAGUCGUUAUUAAUUAUUUUACAAAUCAUUAGUUGGGGCUGAAAUGUUUGAGAGAAGGGAUUAAAUUUUAACGCAGAAAGAAAUUCACCACACUGAUUGAUUGUUAUUUGUAUUGAAAUAUUCCACAACAGAUAUUAGAGUCAUAGAGAGUAAAUAAAGAAAUCAUCGUAACAUCCUAAAACAACUACAGGAAGGUCUAAAGAAAUAGUUAUUGAAACUUAAGGGCAGCCAAAAGCAUACCAAUUUUAGCUUUGCGAUCCAGAAAUAGAAACAGAAAUAGAGUGUGUGUGAAAUUUGUAUGAAAGCAAAGAUUUUAAAAUAAAAUUAAUAGAAAAACAAAACACAAUUCAAUUAGUGCUAGUAGUCGUAGUAGAAUUAACGGUAGCUUACGGUUGUUUUUAUGUAUGUAUAGCAAAAAGAAAAAAAAAUAGAAAGAAAUUAAUAAAAAAAAACAAAACAAACAAAUGGAGCGGAAGAUAAAACAACUCAUCAGCAGAAAUAAGAUUUGUUUAAUUUUAAAUGUUUGCUUUUAACGAUGCUGUGAUUGAAUAAAAAGAAGAGAUAAUGAUGAGAAGAAGUAGAAGAAGUAUUUUUCCGGGGCAAAUUGUUUUUCUUUUUUCUUUGUUUCUUUUCAUACACAAUUCUCGAUGAAUAUAAAUACAAAAUAAAAAAAAAAACUUUGAGACUGCGCCAGCGAUGUAUACGUGACGCAACAAUAAGAAAAUAUACUUAAAUAUUGCACUCAAUAUUAAAAAUUAAUUAAUAUUAUAUAAAUAUACAUAUUUGUAUAUAAUAAUAUGUAUAUAUAUAUAAGAAUAUAUGUAAAAAUGAAAAAUGGGUAUUUUUCUAUCUGUUAUUUAAAAAAAAUUUAAAAUUAAAAAAAAAAAAAACAAAGAAACGAGAUGACUAAGUAAUCCAUGAAAUCAGCCAAAACAUAAAACAACACACAUUGAUUAUGAUGACUGAUCAAAAUAAAACAAAACAAAAUAAAACACAACACACCACACACCCAAACACACAAAACACAUAACGAAACUUGUAUAAAAUAAAUAAUGAACAAAAAUUCAAUAUGAUAACAUUUAAAUAUUUAAAAUACAAAACAUUACUUGACUGCAGUUUUUAGCAGAAAAGAGUAGGUAUGCGAUGAAUGUAACUUAAUUAUAUAUUUAAGUAAUUAUUAUGAUUAAACAUGUAACCACACUGAGACAAAAACCACACACUUAUUAAAUAUUUCCACAAUACAUAAUAUUUCCUUAAAACAAAUUUUAAAGAAUAAAUUUAAAAAAAAAUAAAAACUAAACUACAGAUUUUAGUAUAAGCAACUUUCAAAGUUUAUAUUAACUAUUAUAAAUAAAAUAAAUAUAAAUAAUAACGCUGAUUGAUGGUGAAUGCUAACAAUUGCUGCAUGUCUGAAUGUUUAUACUU